AAAACCUUCUUAACUGACAGAUCAGUGGGUGGUAAUUUGACUUUGUAGAUGUAGAUGAUUUACUGCAGUUGGACAAUGACGUGGCUGCAAAAUUAGCUACAAGCUCCACCCAUCCGAUUUACGUCAUCAUCGUACAUCAUCAAUAAAGCGCACUUGUAGCGUCUAUAAGCGCACCUCGUAAAGUCACAGCUGUAUUAUUGAGCUGGCGGGCUGUUCCUGUUUAAUCUUCAAGUGUGCUCCACAUAUCUGCAUGAGGAAACCAUAACACUUAGGGACUUCUGAUUCCUUUUCUUCGAAGGUAAAAAGAUGAGCCUCUGCUGUGGUCUGCUAACUAUCCAGAAGGCACCAGGUACAAAGAUGAACUGCUGUGGUCUGCUAACUGCUCAGAAGGAACCAGUUCCUCUGAAGAGCGUGGAGGUGGAGGUAGAGGUGAGGGACCAUGUGGCUACAGUGGUCUCCACUCUGAACUAUGAGAACAAGGAGGACAAACCACUGGAGGCAGUUUUUGUCUUCCCUCUGCCUGGAGAUGCUGCUGUCUGUCAUUUCAGUGCUAAGAUUGGACAGACAGAGAUUGUAGCUGAGGUGAAGGAGAAACAGGAGGCUCGUGAGGAGUAUGAUGAUGCACUGAGCUCCGGUCGGCAGGCCUUCCUGUUGGAGGAGAGUGAUCAGAGUCCAGAUAUAUUCUCUAUGAGUGUGGGCAGUCUGCCUCCAGGAGAGAGCGCCUCCAUCAGGCUGGAGUACGUCACUGAGCUGGCUGUGCAGGCUGAUGAAGGCCUCAGGUUUUGUCUGCCUGCUGUGCUCAACCCUCGCUACCAACCUAGAGGUAGUGAAGGCAACCCUGUCCAGGUGACCUCUGUUCCAGCCUCUCUGGUGCCCUACAGUCUGUCUUUCUCUGCCAGAGUGUCCUCUGCUCGUCCAGUCUCUAAAGUAGAGUCCAACUGUCCCCUGGACCCUCUCCAGUACCUCAACACAGAGCAAACCCAGGCCACGGUGAAGUUGUCUGCAGGACACAAGUUUGACAGAGAUGUUGAACUGCUGAUUUAUUACAAAGAUGCUCACCAGCCCACUGCUGUGGUGGAGGCAGGACAGGCCUCUGCCAAACCUGGCACUCUGAUGGGUGAUCCAGUAGUGAUGCUGAGUCUGUACCCUGAGUUCCCCCAGGCUGUGAUGUCUUCAGUCGCCUCAUGUGGAGAGUUUGUGUUCUUACUGGAUCGAUCUGGUAGUAUGGCGGGGGCACUUAUGAAUUGUGCCAGGGAUACUCUGCUGCUCCUGUUGAAGAGUUUACCAAUGGGCUGCUAUUUCAACAUCAUCAGUUUUGGGGACAGCUAUAAACACAUCUUCCCUAAGAGUGUGGAGUACAGCCAGCAGACCAUGGAAGAGGCUCUGAAGAAAGUUGAGGAGAUGGAGGCUGAUCUGGGAGGAACAAAGAUCCUUGAUCCCCUCAAACACAUUUACAGCCAGAGCUGUAUUCCCAAUCAACCUAGACAACUAUUUGUUUUUACUGAUGGAGAGGUGACAAACACCAAAGAAGUUAUUGAUCUGGUGAAGAAGAAUUCAGGCUCCCACAGGUGUUUCUCUUUUGGGAUUGGGGAAGGGGCCAGCUCUGCUCUUAUCAACGGGGUGGCCAAGGAAGGAGGAGGUCACGCUCAGUUCAUCACAGGGACUGACAGGAUGCAACCCAAAGUGAUGCAGUCUCUGCGAUUUUCUCAACAACCAUCUGUGGUCGACAUCUCAGUCAAGUGGGAUUUACCAGAAGGAGUCUCUGUCACUGAUCUCUCUCCACCUAUCACAGCUCUUUUCGAGGGUCAAAGGUCACUGGUUUAUGCCCAGCUCACUGGACAGAGUUCAGAGGCAACAGAGGGCUGUGUGACGGUGAAGUACAGCCUGGCAGGUCAACCCUCUCAGAAUCAGCUCCGCUUCAGUCUCAAACCUGCAGAGGACACCGGAUUAACAGUCCACAGGUUGGCUGCUUGGACUCUGAUUCGCUCCCUGGAGAUGGAGGAGAGAGAGCACAGAGGAGAGAGAGAUGGAGGAGUGAAGAAGAAGAAGGUGGUGGAGCUCAGUGGCCAAUCAGGAGUGAGCAGUGCCUUCACUGCCUUCAUUGCUGUCAACAAAGGUGACGGCGAGGCGAUCCAAGGACCUUUGGUGCGCAGAAAUGUCCCAACACCCACGCAGUUCCAAUGCAUGAUGCUUUGUGACUCUGGGGCCUCGCAUGGUGGUGGUGGUGGUCGUCGAUGUGGUCGAAGGUUGACCUCACAGGGUUUGCACGACUAUCACAAUUUUUUCAGCUUGGGACAUCACAUGCAUUCUCACAGAGACCCUCUGUUGCAGCUGGUCUCCCUCCAGAAGGCGUCUGGCUGCUGGGUGCUGGAUUCAGCUCUGGCUGCUGCACUGGGAAAGACCAGCAGGGAGGUGCAAAGGCCCAAACCUGCUUCGGUGAAGCAGGAUGUGUGGGCCACCAUUCUGGCUCUGAUCUGGCUUCAUGGUUUCAAGAUGGAUGCUCAGGAAGAGUGGGAGCUUCUGGCUAUGAAGGCUGUGUCGUGGCUCCGUGAGAAUGGUCAGAAUGGAAACAGCCAGAAUAAUAAGUGUUGUUUUAACAGUUGCUGCAGGUCAGAAUCACCUGUUUGCCCACUGACAGAGUGUGUGGAAGCAGGAAAUACUCUGUUGGGUUGUAGGGUGCCGAAAGACGUCCUGAGGCUCUGAGGUUUUCAUUGAAGUGGCUUCUCUUCAGGAUUGAUACACAAACGCAUCGCUCACUUUAUCAGCAUUGCACUUUUGAAACAUUCACAUUUAAUUAUGUAGCUGUUUGUUUCAGGCCUUGGAAAUGAAUUGAUUUGAAAUGAAUUGUCACUAUCUUAUGUGUGCAAAAGAACAUUUUUAAUUGUGCAAGAAACUACUUUCAGUUUUACUUAAAAUCAUGAAAUAGCAUCUCAAUAAAUUAGAAUAUGACGGAAAAGUAAAUUUCCAGUAGUUCAAGUCAGUUAGCCCCAACCAAGUACUUAGUCAUAUAAAUUCACAUACUCUUCAGAUGCCCACAUUUCCAUAUUAAACAUACUUUUUAAAAUUGUUCUUUUGUGAUAUUCAAUUUUUUUGAGACACUGAAUUUUAGGUCUUCAUUAAAUGUAAUCAUAAUUAGAAUAAAUUAAAUAACUUAACAGGUGAAAUGUUUCAUUCUGUGUGUAGUGAUUUAUGUGUUAUUUCCACUUUUGAAAUAUAAUUAAUGACAUAAACUUUUCUAUGAUAUUCUAAUUAAUUGAGAUGCACCUGUAUAUGAAUCUGUUUUACUCGUGAAAAUAAAACCAGGAUUAAGAGAUAAAGGAGAUAUAAAUGAAGAAUUGAAAGCUAUUUAGUCUCAUAUGCGAAGUGAGCAUAGACACAAAGCAAGAAGUCUUUUCAUGAAGAGUGAACUAAAAAUAAUGUACUACUACACCCCAUGCAUUCAUACACUGACAGAGGGAGCUGGCUCUGUUAUGACUUAACGUUAUAAUUAUGCAUAACCCGAGCUUCUCUUCUUUUGCAACAGUCCACUUUGUGUGAUAGGUGAUUAUAAAUGCAGGUGUUAUGAAUAUUUCACCCACAGUUUUCACUUGGAACUAGUUUAAAAUCACCACCUGUGACCAUUACUUAGAGAGCCUUGUGAUGCUAUGCACAAACCAGGAUACCUUUAAUAACUUCCUCUGCACUAUAUUUAUCUGGUGAACAGUAUGUUGAUUGUGUUGCUUUUUUUAUGGAUCAACCCCUAAAGCAAGCCCCUUUUCUUCUUUAUGUCACAACACCACUACAAGACCUUCACCUGGUCUUCCACUGCCACCUAGUGGUUCUUAUGUGUAUGGUUUCCUUAACAGAAUAACACCACAGGGGCAAUUUCUCUCUCAAGCUCUUCUCUGUAACAAGUUUUUUAAAUGCUCAUUUUAAAGUGUUUCUACUCAUCCAAAUUACCAGCAGGAAGUCCUGAAGUCCCAGAUGAACCUACAGAUUGUAGUUAGACAAAAUGUGAGAAGUGCCUUUCUACAACAGGGUCAGUUUACCACAGCAGCCCUGAUCCAGGUUUUCUCUUCUUUGUUGACCACAAAUUCAGAUUCCAUGUAUCUGAAGCAGUCACUGGUUAUAGGGAAGCCUUUGAGUUCAUACAGUGUGGCAUAGACAGAAACAACAAACAUAAUUGCAUCUAUUGGUCCACUUGUAUCUACUGUGCCAUUUAAUGUUGAUAUAAUUUUGUAAUGUAAUCAUUUGAAUGAUAUUUACAUAUAAAAUGUAGGAUCCUUUUGUGGCAUUAAGUAUUUUAGUCCUUCAGAUUGUCACGGCAGAUAUAUCGUGUGAUGUUGCUGCUUCAUGCUCACCUCACUGGGAUUCAGGAGCAGCUUUUGUCGUUUACAAGAUAAAGAUGUAAUCUCUGAAUCUCUAUUAAAUGUGUGUUGA